AUGGCCUCUAGUCUGACCAGUGUACAGGCGCGUUACGCUUUGUUUUGCUAACGUUGAAGGUUCCCCCUGGACGAGGGGCUCUGGCACGUGUGUCCAUGCACAUGUUGACGCUGGUGAAAGGGAGGAGAGAAAGGGAGUGAAGCCAGAGAGGAAAGCUCAUCAGCGGUUAGAUUUGUCAGUACCAUUUGGAAGGGUUUGCGUUGUUUUAACAGGCGCCCUGCUGAAGCUGUUCUUUUUCCUGUAGUCAUGCAGUCCACAGGAAGUACUUUCUCUCAGCCCUCACAGGAUUCCCUGAGCUCCAGAGACAGUUUCCUGUUCAGUGACAAUGAUCCGGAUGUCUUCCUGUUUGAAGACAGGGACCCGCCACGUGGAUCCCACUCAGCUCAGUCCAGUCGCUCUAGAGAAAGUGUUUAUAAUGUGGACGGAGAGCUGGAGCGUCCUGGAUCUCAGUGGGCAUGUGAUGGGUUCAGUGAAUCUCGUGACGCUGAGAGGUCGGAAGACAAUGUUCUAGCUAGAUCAUCAUUCCUGUCCCUCUCCUCCUCGUCUUCAUCUGGACUGGGUUGGAGCAGCUCUGAGAGCGAGCAAGGGAAAGAUGGAGGAGGAUCUGAAGGAGACCUGGUGUUUGCUCGUAAGUGUACAGAGCUCCAGGGGUUUGUCAGGCCUCUGCUAGAGCUUCUUAAUGGACUGAAGAAAGGACGAUUUGACAAAGGUCUGAGCAGUUUUCAGCAGAGUGUUGCAAUGGACAGAAUUCAGAGGAUUGUGGGAGUCCUGCAGAAACCACAUAUUGGGGAAAAGUACUUGCCUACUUUGCUGCAGAUAGAGGUGAUGUUGAAGCUUUGGUUCCCUCAAGUGAUUCCUCAAGCUUCUGUGAUGCCUAACCCUGCUGACCUUUCAUCUCAAAACAUUUCCAGCCAUGGCAACAGCAAGAUCACUCCCCCCCACAAGCACAAAGACCAACUACACAUUCCAGUCAAGAAGCGAAGGCUGAGCUGGUCGGACACAGACUCUCACUCCUCCUCACCUCCCGUGGUGUGCAAGCGGUCCAAAAUCAAAGGCUGUGGGGAGCAACAUCAGUGGCCAUAUGUUGAUGCAGGGGAGGGUUCUUCAGGGGCCCCUCCCCAUUCCUCUCACACAAACCAAUCAGAAAAGAGAGUAGGUGAAACCUCAGAGCACAAGGUCAGCCGGUGUUCAGGUCCAAGCCUGACAUGGGUGCAUGUCACUCCUAUCUUCUCCCCGCCUAAGUCCAGUCCCUCUCAAAAAGGCGAAGCGGCCAAAGAGAGAGGGAGCGGCUAUGUCCUCCUUCCAGUGUCCACUGUCACCAGCAGGAGCAGCCCAGCCACACAGGACAGCUCCAUCUCCUCCACCACACCUUUUUCAGAGUCAAAUGGAUGCCAAUGCCAGCCUGUCACCUUGGGGAAUGCAAGUCCGUUACAGGGGCAUGCCCUGACCCCACCAAUCACUAUGAAGCCUUCAAGCCUGGGACAGCAGCAAAGCCCUUUACAAACCUGAUGCAGAAAACUAAGCACAACCAGCAGAGUCUUCUCUGUGUCAGAGAAAAUGCAAAGAAGAGAGAAUGAUUGAAGUGUUGAGAUGUUUGAAGUUUUUGUCUAUUACAAUGAUCGCAACCGUAUUUCUAAAGAAUCUUGGAAAAGUUUAAACUCAACAUGUAAGACUUGAAUUUUCCAAUCGAUUGGACUACAAAUGAGAGUACCUAAAUUCAAGGUGAAGUGUGUAAUAUCUGUGCCAUUGCAGCAGUUGACUCUCUGCCAUUGGUCUGACAAACAUAUAGUCCUGCCCCAAACUCACGUCAUUGAUUGAGUCAGUUUUGCUGUGUCAGGCUGGUCUGGAUGCUCAAAUAAACACCAAUGUUUAAAUAGUGUCACAGAGCCACAGUGUUCACACUUUUUGUGGAAAUUAGACUACGAAUGGCUUACUUAUAGUUGUCUCUGCUCAAGAAGCUGGGUCAGGAGAAAGUAUUUUAACACCCCAAUACAUUUCACACUUCACCUUGAAGGAAAUAUGAUAUCAGUGAAUUUGGAGUGUCUGCAAGGGUGUGUAGUUAAAUCUGAAAGAGAAGAGUCAUUGACUUUGCUUAGAUCCCAAAAUAAGGUCAAAUUAAGACAAGGCAAUAAUUGUAAUUAUAUGUCAACACAAUCUGAUGGUAGGAUCUAUACUUUAUAUCAUUGAAGAGAUGGCAGAUAAAAAAGGGCGUGUUGUCGCCAUGACUGUGUUGUCUCUAAAACUGCUACUCAGAAUGUUGGGAAUUAAAUUAGGUUGUCAUUAAAACAACACAGUUUUGGCAUGAAAGGCCCAUUUUGUAGCUUUGAGGAAAAAAUGUAGCAACAACAUAAGUGACUUUUUAAUAUCUGAUCCCAUUUAUCAGUGGCUCGUAACAGGAUUACCAUUUUUUACUGCAUUUUAUAAAGGCGAAAAAUCGAUUUUUCUUACCCAAGUGGAAUUUUUGGUGCUUUCAGUGGUGGGAUUUCAGAUGUAAAUUAAAUAAGUUUAUUUAUUUGCUGUAGAUUCUGUGUGAAAACAACUUGAAGUGGACGAAUUACCCACCAAAACUGCAUAAAGUAUGUUAGCAUGGCUGAAUUACGUAAUAAAUUCAUAUAUGGCUGUGGUGGCAUAUUACGUAAUUCUCAACCUGAUGCAAUGAAAGAAAAUGAUGUACUAGCUGGGUUGGGAGAGAAGAGAAAAUGUACAGAGUCUGAGUCAGCUUCAUUGAAGUUAUAUUAUUUACGUAUGUGUACAGUGUUGGUUGUCUACUGAAAAGACUACAUAGACUGCAAGCAGGCUGAAUGGAAAAACCUCUGCUUUCAUAAAUGCUGCUCCUUUGAAAUUUUGUGGGAAAAGGAGAUAAAUUGAAAGAGUUCGUUAACCAAAAAAUAACAAGGUGUCAUUAUUUACUCGCUAUCAUAUUUCAUAUUUUAUCUCUCCCAUGAAACACAAAAGGUUAAUUUUUACAGACAUUUUAAGGGUUUAUUUACCAUCAUUUUAGUGAACAGUGACUCUGGUCUGUCAAGCUUAAAAAUGAGGGGGGAAAACACAUUGAAACCAUUGUAAAAGUAAUUGUGAUAAAAUGUGCUAUAUUCCAAGUCUCCUGAUACAAUGUUAGGGUCUGGCAGUCUCAGUCACCAUUCAAAAUCAAUGAAUGGUGACUGAGGCUGAGAUUCUGCCUAACAUUUCCUUUUGCGGUCCAUGGAAGAAAAAGUCAUACGGUUUAUUUGAACAACGUGUGAAUGAGUAAAUAAUGAAAGAAUUCAAAUUUUUGGGUGAACUAUUGCUUCAACUGCAUAUAUGGGGCUGUGAUGUUAGACAUCCAUUUGAACAAGGCUCAAAGUCACCGUGAUAAAACAUUUCUAAGAUGCCAAUCCGAGGAACUUUUAUUUAUUCUUUUGUUGUUGUUGUUUUUAUUUAUAUUUGUCUAUGUAUUUAUUCAAAGGGCAGCUGAGUUCAUUGGAGAUUGGUCUGCAGUGGACUCUUUUUGUCAUGGACUGGAGUUGCUGUGUUUGAGGUUUUUUUAUAUUUAUAUUAUAGAAUAAGUGGGGAAGAAUUUAAGGAAAUUUCAGAUUGGGAAACCUGUGCCUUUUUAACAAAAGGAUGUGUAUAAAAACGCAUACUUGUUGAUUGUGUAUUUUUAUCAAAUGGUACAGAAAGCAAAUGUUCAACUUUUUGUAAUGCAUACAUAUUAAUCAUGAGAAUACUGCAUUUGAAUACACAGUGAUCAAUAACAACACAGUGACCCACAUUAGUGUAGCCAAUCAUACAUAAAAGUCAAUUGGUAGUCAUAGCAACAUUCAAAAUUAUGAUGUUGUUUCUGGCUUAUCUCUGCAGGCAGUUGUGAUGCACCCAGGAUCCACUAAAGUUGGUUGUUGGUUAAAAUAUUUUUUGAAUCAAUAUUUUUUCAGAGCUUAAAGGGAUAUUGCACCCAAAAAUGAAAAUUCUCUCAUAAUUUACUCACCCUCAUGCCAUCCCAGAUGUUGGAUGACCUACAAGGCUGAGAUAUUCUUCUCAAUAUUUAUUUUUGUGUUCUGCAGAAGAAAGAAAGCCAUACACACCUGGGAUAGCAUUAGGGUGAGUAAAUGAUGAGGGAAUUUUCAUUUUUGUGUGAGCUAUCCGUUUAAAGAAUCAUGAUGUUGGAAAACUUAUGCAACAAUUGAUUUUUUUAUAUUUAUUUAAAAAAUGUAACGAGACAAAAAAUGCACCAACUUCCCAUGCAGAUAGAUUGCUGAUUUUUAAAGAGAUUUUAAUUGCCUAGAGUCCAGUUACUUGCCCCAAGCAAUAGAAGUUCUUGCCAUGCUAAAAAGCAGAGCUGAACAUUUUGAUACGGUCUUGCAUCAUGUGUUAUUAUGUCUUUAUUAAGUGUAAUUGACUUUUUUACGCUAUGAUUUUUAGAAAUCUGUUGCACUUAUAUUUGUUUUAAAAUGUCAUGUUUUAUACUUUAUACAGUUGUCAAGAGGGAUGAUCAUAAAGGAUGUAUCUUGGUUGUCAAAAUGUCUUUUUUAUAUUCCGUAACUGUAAUCUCACUCUCUAUCCUUCUUUCCAGUCACUCUGUCUGUUGCUGUUCUUUACCCUUUCUUUACCUCCCUCUUUUUUCUUUGCAGUUUUACUGUUCUUCAUGCUUUUUUCUUUUUAAUAAACAACACAUAUUGGAGGAAGCAUUAGACUGUGUUUUUAGUGGGGUGUAUGUGUCGUCUUGCUAUUCUUUUUUCAAUGAGGUACAUUUACUUGGUCAGUGUGUAAGGUUUGGUAAUGCUUGUGUAUCUGAGGCAAGGUCUGUACUUAGGCAUAGCUCUAUACUGAAGCAGCGCUCUGUGCUGAUGCAGUGCUCUAGUGAGGUAGCGCUCUAUACUGAGGCAGCGCUCUAGUAAGGCAGCACUCUGUGCUGAUGCAGUGCUCUACAGUAUACUGAGGCAGAGCUCUAUACUGAGGUAGCGUUAUAGUUAGGCAGCGCUCUAUACUGUUGCAGAGCUCUAGUGAGUCAGAGCUCUAUGCUGAGGCAGUGCUCUAGUGAGUCAUCACUUUAGUGAUCUCUUUACAGAGACAUUCCUCUACUGAGGCAUAGCUCUAUACUUAUGUAGUCAAGUAGAGAAAUUUCAUGUAAUUCAACUCUAGUCAUAUAUUGGAUGUGGCCCCUUUAAGACCGGAGUUUUGCUUGACACCCGCUUUCUUGCACACUCUAGUGUUGGAGAGGUUUGAAUAUGCAUUGUAAAGAGAGCUCCCAGCUUUGUUCAUCGGUUGAUUAUUUUUUGGUUAAAUCUCAAAUUUUACAAAAAAUUCUCAUAUAUUGCAUAAAAUAUGUGUUCAGAAGAGUUGUAUGUAAAAUUGAGUGUUAUGGAUCAUUUUUGAAGGAUGCAUAUGGACUGCAUGAGUGGAGUUUGACCACAUUUUGGGGCAUGUGGUGGCUCAGCGAUUAAGGCUCUGGGUUACUGACGAAAGGUCGGGGGUUCAAGCCCCAGCACAGCCAAGAUACCACUGUUGGGCCCUUGAGCAAGGCCCUUGACCCUAUCUGCUCCAGGGGUGCUGUUUCAUGGCUGACCCUGCGCUCUGACCCCAGCUUAGUUUGGGAUAUGCGAAAACAAAUACGUUUCAUCAGCUCUGUACCUGUACUCUGCACAAUGACAAUAAAGUUGAAUCUUAAUCUUAACUGGGUAUGUACAUUUUGUAUUAAUCAUACCUUAUUUUAUGAAUUAUAGCCCAUAGUGUUUUCCAAAUAAGUGUAACACGUGUUAUAUGUGAAAAUGUGUCUAAUGAGAAUUCUAUUGUUUUAACUGCAAUGCAUGUCCUGAAAGCCUGGUUAAAAAUAAAUCAAAUGCUGUGAGUGUUUAAGCAUGUGUUAAAUGCACAAGAUGCUUUUUGUGGUUUGAGAAAGUACUUAAAUGCAUAAAAUGCUGUGAAUGAUAUAAGCAUGUAUUAAGUAUGUGUAGAGUCAUGUGGGUAGGCUAAUGCCCUGUUUGUGAUUUCUUUUGACAUAAGCUACCGUGUUUCACUGAACCAUAAUUCAUUACCAUAUUUCAUUACUAUAUAUAUAUUUUUUUUGUAUACGGCCCCAUUGACAUUUUUUUUGUGUGUGUUUGUAACAGACAGCCAUCAGAAUAAA